UUGAAUUUUUUAAACCUCUGUGAAUGAACGAGGUAUUGAGUCAAUAAUAAAGUUUAUCAGUGUUCUGUGAGUUAAUCUGUUUUAAUCUUGGUUAAGUUUUUAUUGUAUUUUUUGACAAUGAUGGAUUGCACAAGUGACAUCCCUUCUCCUGACCUUGAACCCUCGAUGGUUCGACUACGAGCUGAAAUAGUUGGAACAACAAACGUUCCUGUGACCACUAAUGACAGUCUAACUGACAUAUUUUUCAUUUGUGGAGAUGAUUUUUAUCCUAUUCAAUCUCAUCGGGUUAUCCUUCGUAAUUGGUCUCAAUUUUUCGCUAAGGUUGUUGAUAGCUCUCUUUCAAUUAAGGGACCAUUUCCAGUUGCACCAUUCAUCGUUUUAAAAGAAGUUUGUGGGAAAGACUUACAAGAUAUUUUUAAAUUCAUCUACAAUGGAGAGGUUGUCAUUGAACGGUCCAGAAUUGGUUCACUACUGCGAACAGCUCGUUUUUUAGAAAUCAACCAAUUGCCUGAUUUACUCGAAGCAAGUGAGGAGCUUAAAGACGAUAUUAAUAUUUAUAAUGAAAACUUAAAAGCUUCUAUCAAAAGCGCUGAAGCGACAAAUAUAAAUUCUGACGCUGCUAGCAAAUGCUCUGAGGAGACAAUUAUAAAUUCUGAUGCUGUUAGUAAAAGUUCAGGACGUAAUAGCAAUAACUCUAUGGAGACAAACAAAAGCUCAGAUGAAGGUAGUGAUGUUUUCGAUACAAUUGCAAGUUCAAAUGUUAACAUGAGUCCUGUGAACGAAGUAAAAAGUGCCGAAAGCGUUGAAAAAAAUGAAUCCAAGCCCGACGAAAAUAAAAGCUCGGAUAAUGGUGAAAAUCCCUCCAAUGUAACCAGCAGUGCCAUUAAUAGUUCCAGUCAAAAUUCCAGUUCCUCUCAAACUGGAAGUAAGAGUCCGCUCCUUAGUUUAGAGGAACGUGUAAAAAGACAAACUCUCUAUUUUUCGAGUAUCUUUCGUCUACCGAAAUCAAUUGAACCGGUCCAGUCUCUCAAGCCUGAAAAAAGCCCAACAAAGCCUAGCAAGUCUGAGCAAGUUGAAGAAAUUGAUCUGACAUCAGAACAGUGAUUAAUACGCAUUUAUAAAUUUGUUACCAUUGUCGCAACUUUUUUAAAACCUGAACUUAAAAAAUCAUUCAAAGCCAUAUCUUGAUCUGACCGAUCUAUUUUUAAAUAAUUAUGUUUAUCGUUUAUAUCCCGCAUGAAAAUGAAAAGUUUAAUCUCCAAGCAAUCGUUCAUAUUGUAAAAUUUCUCUACUUUUCAUGUACUUGAUGAAAUAAUACUGACAAUUUGUUAAUAAGCAUUGUUAAUAAAAGCAAUUGAGCAAUUU